UUAAUGUAAUGGUGGAACAGCAGAAGAAACGCCUCGAGAAUGCCAUUAGCGACAUGAUCGAGGACAUGUACCGCAGUCACUUGCGCCGAAUGCAGUCAAAAAUGCACAUUUGCGCUGCCCGGUGCUGUGACGACGAGCGAGGGACACUGGAGAGCGUUCAAAACUGCAUUGAGAAGUGUGCUGCUCCAUUGAUGGAUGCCCAGAAUUACCUGCAGCAUGAGCUGGGACAGUUUCAAAGUCGUCUCCAGAACUGUGUCAGGGAUUGCAAUGCCGACGCCAGGUCCAGUUUGCCAAAUAAUCCCAAUGACCGGGACAUGUCCCGAUCCCAGCAUUUGUUUGAGAACUGUACGGGCGACUGCGUGGAGAAGCACAUCAACCUGAUUCCUGGUUUGCUCAAAUCGAUCAAGCAGACCUUGGACCGAGGUCCUCCCAGGCGAUCCCGAUCCAUGGGAAUGAACGCAGACGCAUGAUCGGUACUAUUAAAAAUCCUAAAAUCCAAAUUAUAUAUACACUUUCCCCCCCUGGAUGCAAUGAAUACGCCAUUCGAGGAGUUGUCAAUGAUAAAAUUAUGUAUUGAAUAUUUUUGGUACACAACUAAAACUAAAGAUACGGCAAAAGGAAACUGGGACUGCUUAUCGGAGAGGGUUAUCAACGCCUUCAGUGGUUACGUGGCCCUCCAAUAGAUCGCCGUUUUCCGAAUUUCCAUCUCCCGGUACCGCUUAGGCCCUAGCACAUUAAAUAUCUAAUAAUAAAGAUUCUUAGCAAUAUGCAA